AUGGUCUGCACCUGUGACUUCUUUGGUCUGAGAUUGCUCCCGGAUGUGAUGGUGACGCUACAGGACCGCCUCUCCCUAAGGUACAUCGAACACUUUGCUCUGGUCCUGGAAUACGCAAGUCCAGAACAGAGCCACAAGUUCCUGCUUCUCCAGGACAAGCAGCCCCUGGCCCACGUGGUACAGCGGACACACUAUCAAGGUAUGAGAUGCCUCUUCCGGGUGAGUUUCUUUCCCAAAGACCCUGUGGAGCUGUUACGCCAAGAUCCUGCUGCCUUCGAGUACCUGUAUAUCCAGAGCCGGAAUGACGUUAUCCGAGAACGCUUUGGAAUGGACCCCAAGCCCGAGAUGCUUUUAGGUCUCGCCGCCCUCCACAUUUUCAUCACCGUCUCUGCCGCGCGUCCCAGCCAGAAGUUCUCCCUCAAGAAUGUGGAUAAUAUUCCAUGCAGCUACUGUAGGGGUCCCUUUCCCUCUCCCUUGGCGCCAAGCCAGCCACACUCCAUCUCGGGGGCAGCAUUCCCACCACAUGGAGAAGCUGGGAGCCAUCGACUACAACCCUUUCAGUGACAUGGAGAACUGCCAGGCCUUCCCAUUUGCCAUCCGACCUGCUAAGGGACCCCUGGACCUUGCCAUCCACCCUGCAGCUGAACUCCAAUAUGGGCCGUCUCCUCCAAUUAGACUGGGAGCUCCUCGAGGGCAGAUUGUCUUGGGUUUUCUCUCUGUAUCCCCAGCCCUUAGCC